UUCUAAAAGAUGCCUUUUUGUCGAAGCAGAGAAAAACUAUUGUAUUUCUUGGAUAUGGCGUAAGCACUUCAGUUCAUAUGAACAAUUUUUUUAAACAAAUUCCAAACAUUCAAUAGGUAUGUGUAGAAGGUAACAUAAACAGAGUAAAAAUGGGAGAAGCAGUUGUGAUACCUACAAGAAAGAUCGGAUGCCAAGGUUUACAGGUAUCAGCAAUUGGAUUAGGAUGUAUGAGUAUGUCCCAAACCCCCAAAUCACAACAAGAGAUGAUCGAACUCCUACACACCGCCAUUGAUUCAGGCGUCACCUUCCUCGACACCUCCGAUGUCUACGGUCCUCACGCCAACGAACUCCUAAUCGGCGAGGCUUUGAAAGGAGGGAGACGAGAAAAAGUACAGUUAGCUACCAAAUUUGGGAUCACGUCAAUCUCACUUGCAGAAGGGCUAGCGGUGACCGGCGAUCCUACUUAUGUUAAGGAAGCUUGCGCCGGUAGCUUGAAGCGGCUAGGAGUUGAGUUCAUCGAUCUCUAUUAUGUUCAUCGGAUUGAUACAACAAUUCCUAUUGAACUCACGAUGGAAGCACUGAAGGAGCUAGUUGAGGAAGGUAAGAUAAAAUACAUAGGUCUUUCUGAAGCUUCACCUGAAACCAUUAGAAGGGCACAUGCUGUUCAUCCAAUAACUGCUGUUCAGCUUGAAUGGUCGUUGUGGACAAGAGAUGUUGAAGAAGAAGUUAUUCCCACUUGCAGAGAACUUGGUAUUGGGAUUGUUCCAUAUUCCCCUCUAGGAAAAGGAUUCUUCUCCUCUGGUCUAAAUCUUGCUGAAAACCUUGCCCUUGGUGACUUCCGAAGGAAUAUACCGAAGUUUCAGGGUGAGAAUCUGGAGCAGAACAUGAUUUUGUUGGAAAGGGUAAACAAAAUGGCAAAAAAGAAGGGGUGCACGACUUCACAGCUAGCAUUAGCGUGGGUUCUACAGCAGGGGGAUGAUGUAAGUCCCAUACCUGGGACUACUAAGAUUGAGAACUUUAAGGAAAAUAUUGGAGCUGUAUCUGUGAAAUUGACACAUCAAGACAUGGAUGACUUGGAAACAAUCGCGUCUAGUGUGAAGGGUGAGAGAUAUCCAGAUGCAGUAAUGAAAUCCAAUUGGAACAAUGCCAAUACUCCACCUUUGUCAUCUUGGAAAGCCAAGUAAACACCGUUCCUUAGCCGAUUAACAACCCAUGUAUGUCAGGCAAUCAAACAUUUAGCAUUUUUUUUGUUUUGAUUAAUUCUAUUGUUUACCUUUAUUGAAUAAAAGCUAUAUUUAGAUUUUUGUUU